AUCCCACAUUUCUGCUUUUCUUCCUUUCCAUUUUCCUCAUCAUUAUUAUUCUAUCUUCCAUCUAUCCAUCCACCUAGCAUAUAGCUUCGCGACACACCAUUCCCAUACUCACUCACCAGAUCUUAAUUCAUUUCCCACCUCCUUUUCCAAGAUGGAAAAUUGUAUCAAUGGCAUUGCCAAUGGCUCCUUCAAACUUUGCAAUGGCUCCAUUUCCACUGACCCGCUUAACUGGGCCAUGGCUGCUGAUGCUCUCAAGGGCAGCCACCUCGAUGAGGUGAAGCGCAUGGUGGAGGACUAUCGUAACCCGCUCGUCACGUUACGUGGCAAGACCCUCACUGUCUCUCAGGUGGCCGCGGUCGCCACGCACAACACCGCCGUCACGGUGGAGCUCGCCAAGGAGACCCGCCACAGUGUCAAGGCCAGCAGUGAUUGGGUGAUUGAUAGCAUGAACAAAGGCACUGAUAGCUAUGGAGUCACCACGGGGUUUGGUGCAACCUCUCACAGGAGAACCAAGCAAGGGGGUGCCCUUCAAAACGAACUCAUCAGAUUUUUAAAUGCUGGUAUUUUUGGCAAUGGCACGGAGUCAUGUCUCACCUUACCUCACUCAGCCACUAGAGCAGCUAUGCUGGUUAGAACCAACACCUUACUUCAGGGAUAUUCAGGCAUCCGAUUUGAAAUCAUGGAGACCAUCACCAAGUUUUUGAAUCAUAACAUAACCCCAUGUCUCCCACUGCGUGGCACAAUCACUGCAUCAGGUGAUUUGGUCCCUUUGUCAUAUGUGGCUGGCCUUUUAAUUGGAAGGCCAAACUCCAAGUCUAUUGGACCUAAUGGCCAAGUUCUCAAUGCUAAAGAGGCCUUUCAACUUGCUGGAAUUGAGAGUGGUUUCUUUGAGUUGCAACCCAAAGAGGGUUUGGCACUAGUGAAUGGCACUGCAGUAGGAUCUGGCUUGGCUUCAAUGGUUCUUUUUGAGGCAAAUUUGCUUGCUGUACUAUCUGAAGUGUUGUCUGCAAUUUUUGCUGAAGUUAUGCAAGGAAAACCAGAAUUCACUGACCAUUUAACUCAUAAAUUGAAGCACCAUCCUGGCCAAAUUGAGGCUGCAGCUAUAAUGGAACAUAUUUUGGAUGGUAGCUCAUAUGUUAAGGCUGCACAAAAGUUGCACGAGAUUGAUCCACUUCAGAAGCCUAAACAAGAUAGGUAUGCUCUCAGAACAUCACCACAAUGGCUUGGGCCACAGAUUGAAGUUAUCAGGCAUGCAACAAAGAUGAUUGAGAGGGAGAUUAACUCUGUUAAUGACAACCCAUUGAUUGAUGUUUCAAGGAAUAAGGCACUUCAUGGAGGAAAUUUCCAAGGCACCCCAAUAGGUGUUUCAAUGGAUAAUACUCGUUUGGCAAUUGCUUCAAUUGGGAAACUCAUGUUUGCUCAAUUUUCUGAGCUUGUUAAUGACUUUUACAACAAUGGGUUGCCAUCAAAUCUAACAGCUAGUAGAAACCCAAGCUUGGAUUAUGGCUUCAAAGGGGCAGAAAUUGCAAUGGCAUCCUACUGCUCAGAAAUUCAGUACCUUGCCAAUCCUGUCACCAAUCAUGUGCAGAGUGCAGAACAGCAUAAUCAAGAUGUCAAUUCUUUAGGCUUGAUUUCCUCCAGAAAGACAGCUGAAGCAAUAGAGAUAUUGAAACUCAUGUCCUCCACCUUCUUACUUGCAUUGUGCCAAGCCAUUGAUCUCAGACAUUUGGAGGAAAACUUGAAGAGCACAGUUAAGAACACUGUAAGUCAAGUGGCCAAGAGAAUUCUCACGAUGGGUGUGAAUGGUGAGUUGCAUCCAUCCAGGUUCUGUGAGAAGGACUUGCUCAAAGUUGUUGAUCGUGAGUAUGUGUUUGCUUACAUUGAUGACCCUUGCAGUGCAACCUACCCUCUAAUGCAGAAGUUGAGAUUGAUCCUAGUUGAUCAUGCAUUGCAAAAUGGUGAUAAAGAGGCAAAUUCAAGUACCUCAAUUUUCCAAAAGAUAGGAGCUUUUGAGGAAGAGCUCAAGACCCUUUUGCCCAAAGAGGUAGAAAGUGCUAGAAUCGAAGUUGAGAAUGGAAAUCCUGUUGUUCCUAACCGAAUUAAGGAAUGCAGGUCUUACCCAUUAUACAAGUUUGUGAGAGAAAGUUUGGGUACAACUUUGUUGACAGGUGAGAAAGUUAAGUCACCUGGUGAGGAAUUUGAUAAGGUAUUCACUGCAUUGUGUGAAGGGAAGUUUAUUGACCCCAUGUUGGAAUGUUUAAAGGGGUGGAAUGGUGCUCCUCUACCAAUAUGCUAGGAUGGUGUUACAUUAUCAAAGCUUUUUUUUUUUCCUUUUUUUGUUUAAAGAAAAUUUAUUUUUCCUUUUCCUGUGAUGCAUGCUUUUAUAAAGCUGCUGGACAUGUAUUUGAAACUGUGAUAGGAAACUUUGUCUCAAUUUCAUAUACCUUCUUUGUCUACAAACAA